CCUCAAGCUCGCACUUAUCGGAUAAACCCUAAUUUCACACUCACUGGUUAAUUCUCAGCCCGAUUCGAAUUUAUCCAUCUCUUUUCGUGUUUGUAUUUAUCAGGUGACCGUCUGAUAUUUUUUUCUAUUUUUUUUUUUUUUGNGUCGGAUGAGGAAAGGGAGGAGAGGGAGCUGGAUCUCAGCUUUCCUGAUGUUGUCACCAAAUACAAAUCCGCAGCUGAAAUUGCUAACAAGGCACUACAGUUGGUGCUGUCAGAAUGCAAGCCAAAGGCUAAGAUUGUUGACCUUUGUGAGAAAGGAGAUGCUUUCAUCCGUGAGUGAGCAAUCGGGAAACAUGUACAAGAAUGUAAAGAAGAAGAUUGAACGUGGUAUUGCAUUCCCAACUUGCAUUUCUGUGAACAAUACAGUCUGCCAUUUUUCGCCACUGGCUAGUGACGAGUCCGUGUUGGAAGAUGGAGAUAUUGUGAAAAUUGAUUUGGGGUGUCAUAUAGAUGGAUUUAUUGCUGUAGUUGGCCACACCCAUGUGAUUCAGCAAGGACCAGUAACUGGCAGGGCAGCUGAUGUUAUUGCUGCUGCUAAUACAGCUGCUGAGGUUGCUUUAAGGCUUGUUAGGCCAGGGAAGAAGAAUAAAGAUGUCACCGAGGCAAUUCAGAAAGUUGCCGCUGCUUAUGACUGCAAGAUUGUUGAAGGAGUGCUUAGUCAUCAAAUGAAACAGUUUGUGAUUGAUGGUAACAAGGUUGUCUUAAGUGUCUCGUCACCUGAGACGAGAGUUGAUGAAGCUGAGUUUGAGGAAAACGAGGUGUAUUCCAUCGACAUUGUUACAAGUACUGGUGAAGGCAAGCCAAAACUGUUGGAUGAGAAACAAACAACUAUUUAUAAAAGGGCUGUUGACAAGAGUUAUCACUUAAAGAUGAAAGCAUCUCGAUUCAUAUUUAGUGAGAUAAGCCAGAAUUUCCCAAUCAUGCCAUUUUCAGCGAGGGCAUUGGAAGAGAAGCGUGCUCGUUUGGGCCUUGUAGAAUGUGUAAAUCAUGAUCUUCUACAACCAUAUCCUGUUCUUCAUGAGAAGCCCGGUGACUUAGUUGCCCAUAUCAAGUUCACUGUUUUGCUAAUGCCAAAUGGGUCGGAUCGAGUCACUUCUCAUCCUCUACAAGAACUGCAACCCACAAAAACAUUAGACGAUCCGGAGGUUAAAGCGUGGUUAUCAUUGCCCAUAAAGUCUAAGAAGAAAGGUGGAGGCAAGAAGAAGAAAGGUAAGAAAGUGGGCAAAGCUGAAGAUUCAGCUGAUGCUGAGCCAGUGAACGAGUCUGUCAAUGGGGAAACUGCCUAAGAAUUCGAGUUUUCUUUCUUUGGUGUUGUAUUAUCUCUUUGAAACCCGUUUAGUCAUGGAAUGUGGCCCCUCUCUAAAUACUAGCAAAUGUGUCUUUACUUUCUACUACUUCGGGUCGGCCUUAAAUUUUUUUCAAUAGAAGUAGAUGUCAAAGUAAUUUGAAAAGAAUCACUGUUUUUCUUCGCCGAUGCUCACUAACUGUUUCCAUGUGUGAUGUGUGCUAUAUUAUCUGCAUAUUAAAAUGAAUUUCCCGGUCAAUAUGGUUAUAGUAUCUUUUACUUUCUUGUGCUGGGACUUGGUAGGGUCAGACAAAGGUUUUCAGUUGUGUUGAUUAUUUUAUGCACUAUGUUUCAUGUUCAG